GGCGACCGCAUCCCCGUUCCCGGCGGGGCUCUGGGCGCGGGCGCACCCCUAGGAGAACGCGGGCCGCGGGCGCCGCUUCGCGCUCCAGGGGCUGGGCGAGGGGAGCGGGCCUGGCGCCGGGGAAGCCCUCGGAGCCUCCGCGCUUUCCCAGAGAGCGGCCGCCCCGGCCCUGCUGGGCUGGGCUGGGCGCGGGGCCCGGCCGGCCGCACAGGCGGGACCCGCAUCUCGGAGCCGCCCGGCCCGCCCUGCUCUGCCGCCGCUUAGGGACGCAGCCUCCCGGCGGGGCUGGAGCCGCUUGAAGGCUCCCCUCCCGCUCGGCUCCAGGGCGGCUCCAUCCCCUCGCCUGCCUCGCGGCUCCCGGCAGCCGCCCCGCGCCGCUCCCAGCCCGGCCCUGGGGGGACCCCGCGUCCGCCCCGGGGGGGACCGCCAGCGGAUUCUCGGCUUCCAGGCGAGAAGAACCGAGGAGACCCGCGGACCGAGAGGGCAGGAAGACAUUCCUUUGCCUGCAUCUUUUCUUUGUCAUGAGAUUUUUAUCCAGCGGAGCUCCGCUCGUUAGUUUGCAUGUCUUGAGUACCGGCUGCCUUGACUAACGCGUGGAGAUCGGCGCAGAAUUUGCCAGUCUCAGAAAUACAGUUUCAGUCCAUUGCAUGAGCUUCGUAUUCCUGUAGCAACAGUCUUGGGCACCGAAGGUGGAUAAGAUAGUGGAGCAGCUGCAGCAGUUUGUUCAGAGCUACGAUCUGGCUGCCCUGCGGGAUUACUGGAGCUAUCUGGACCGACGCCUGUUCAGCCGUUUGGAAGACGUGUACCGGCCAACGGUGAACAAGCUGAAAACCAGCUUAUUCCGAUACUACCUGGUCCAUGCUAUUCAGCUGUUUGCUCUGCAGGCUGAAUCCUCCCGCAUGAAGAAAGAGGAAUUGGAGGUGGAGCAAACAGUAAUGCAUCACAAGCUGCCGGCAUAUGUGGCCAACAUGGAUCGACUAGGGGACUCUGAGCUUGAUAUGACCUGCAAUCAGAGAAGUACAGCACAUUCUCUUCAGUCCCGCGGAGGCUUUCUGUCCUCCUUUCUCUCCCAAAGUAAAAAGGGCCCUUCCAGACCAACCCAUUCAAGUGGGGCUUCUCCAGUGCAGGCUAGCAGUAUGCUGCUAGUGAAGAAAGAACCAACAAAUCACCAGCCUACUGGAAGCAUAACUUUGCCCAGUCACUUCUCUGCUUUCCAGAGUGCCAAAGGAAAAGAAGGAACCGUGAGCUCUAAGGAUGGGAAGAGCCACUUCAGUGGUUUAGUGGCAGGCGAGUCCAGCUCCCUGCAGCAGCGGCAGAAGCGCUUGCAAGAGCAUGGGAAAGAAAGGAAGGAACUGUUGUCAAAAGGGACCUUCCAGGGCCAAAGUGCUGAGAAGAAAACAGAUACUAACAUAGCUGAGGCAGAACCGUGCUCAGAGCUGCAUGCUGAGCAAACAGAGACUUCAACCAAAAUGCCUGGCAGCAGUGCAGAGGCUGUGGGCGUUCGGCAGGAGCAGCCUUUCAUCGUCCUGAGCCAGGAGGAGUAUGGGGAGCACCAUUCAUCCAUCAUGUACUGCAGGGUUGAUUGUUCUGGACGGAGGGUGGCCAGCUUGGAUGUGGAUGGGGUUAUCAAAGUCUGGUCUUUUAACCCCAUAAUGCAAACGAAAGCUUCGUCCAUUUCCAAAUCUCCGUUGCUGUCCCUGGAAUGGGCCACCAAGCGUGAUCGGCUGCUAUUGCUUGGCAGUGGGGUCGGGACAGUUCGUCUUUAUGACACAGAAGCAAAGAAGAAUCUCUGUGAAAUCAGCAUUGAUGAGGACAUGCCCAGGAUCCUCUCGCUUGCCUGCAGCCCAAGUGGUGCCUCCUUCGUGUGCUCUGCAGCAGCCCAGAGCCCCGUCUCCCACAUUGACUUCUCAGUAAUCAACUCCGGGGGCAAAAGCAUGAACCAAGUUCCUGGGAAGCUGCUGCUGUGGGACACUAAGACGAUGAAACAGCAGCUGCAGUUCUCCCUGGAGCCUGAGCCCAUUGCUAUUAACUGCACAGCCUUCAACCACAAUGGCAACCUUCUGGUCACCGGGGCUGCAGAUGGGAUUGUUCGUCUCUUUGAUAUGCAGCAGCACGAGUGCGCCAUGAGCUGGAAGGCCCAUGAUGGGGAAGUCUACUCCGUGGAGUUCAGCUAUGACGAGAACACAGUCUACAGCAUAGGCGAGGAUGGCAAGUUUAUUCAGUGGAAUAUCCAUAAAAGUGGCUUGAAGGUGUCUGAGUAUGACCUUCCCCGGGAGGCUACAGGUCCUUUUAUUCUGUCUGGAUACAGUGGCUACAAGCAAGUGCAGUUCCCACGAGGACGGCUUUUUGCUUUUGACUCUGAGGGCAAUUACAUGUUGACAUGUUCUUCUACUGGGGGAGUAAUUUUUAAGUUAAAUGGUGAGGAAAAGGUUCUGGAGAGCUGCCUUUCCCUAGGAGGACACCGAGCUCCUGUUGUCACAGUGGAUUGGAGCACAGCCAUGGACUGCGGGACCUGCCUCACUGCUUCUAUGGAUGGCAAAAUUAAAUUAACAACCUUACUGGCUCAAAAGUCUUAACCUGGACAGUACUGAAGGGAGAAAGAGCAAUAGAGCUGACAAAAUCAGUGUUAAUUCACAGGAACAAACUGCAUGGGAGAGAAGGCAAAGCAAAGUCCCUCUUCUCAUUGUAGCUUUUGCCUCUUGAUAAAUACAUUUGCCAAACCACUGUGCAACAGAAUGCCAGUAUGGGACUGGAUCAGUGGCAGCACUGAAAAAUAAGUCUCCACUAAUCCAUUGUGGCAGCUGGACUUCCCUCUGUUAGGGAGUCUUGAGUAGCACGUGGCUAAAAGGCUGUGGUCACGUCAGGGUUCUGCAGAAGAAGGUGAGGCUGGAGGAAGCAAGCAUGAGGCAGCACAGUGCAUGACAAUAGGAUGACUCAAACUGGAAAGGCUGAUGAGAAACCAGAGUAUUCUUUGGGUAUAACAUUUGUUGUUACGAUUUUGUUAGUUUGUUUUUAUUUGUUUUUUUCCUGUAAAAAGAAAAUAUUCCCUUGCAUUUGAA